UGUCGCGGCGUGUUUCUUCAGAUUAUCUUCCGCGGUGGGUUCUUUUACAGCUUCUCGCCUCCUGCCACCUCGCCGGUGUUUCCCUUUCCGGAAAUAUCUCACGCUUCACGUUGACUCGUAAACGGCUACCACGAGCCGUUGCCUGACUCCCGACCUAUUCAUCUUGUCCGCCGUCCAAAACAUCUUUCAACAUUUUUCAUCCGACGAAACCCCCGGUCCUAGCACUCAAACCUACAAUCAUUACGGGUCCCUACACAGAUCACCGGAGGUGGAUGGAGACGUACCACGGGCACGUCCGCACUCCCGCGGACGCUAUCAUCCUCUUUGAAGCGUGUCGCAUUGGUCUUCUUCCCCGCGUACAGCGACGGCUAUCCGAAAAAGAGCGCCAACUGAUCCGCUCCGGGUCAGUCUUUGUCUGGGAUGAACGGGAGGCAGGUAUGCGAAGGUGGACCGACGGCAAGUCUUGGAGUGCCAGUCGGGUCUCGGGAAGCUUCUUGACAUAUCGCGAGAUGGAAGGAAAGCGGGGAGGAACUGGUGUUGCCCAGUCUACCAUGUCUAGAGCUGGCAAAACACCGGAGAGCACGCGAGGCAGUGACGAUGACCGUGCGGAUGGUGCAGACGAAGGGCCAGACGGCUACCGCUACAAGCCCGAUGGCUUGAUGAAACAAUCUUUCAGCAUCACUACAUCCACCGGUCAGCACCUGCACCUUAUCAGUUAUUACUCCAGAUCGCAUCCGUCUGCGGCCAACCUUCAACAACCGUCGACGGAUCCCAACUUGCGGCAUGUCCGCCCUCAAAAGGGGCUCUAUCCAGAGUCCACGGUAAACGAUCAACAGAAUCUCCCCGUGGUGACCCGCGGGCCCAUGGCCGGUGCUGCCUACGUGCCUCCCCACCCGAUGGCGCCAUACGGACGCUCCCCGGCUGCGCAUCCGGCGUCUUAUACGCCCUCUUACACAUGGCCUCCAACUCCGCUGGCAACCCCACCCGUUCCAGUUCACUAUCCCUCAUAUCUACCUCCGGUAUCCCAGCCCAAUGGCCAGGUUCCGUAUGGUCAUGGCCAUGGCCAUGGCCACCAAGCUGCCGUGCCACCUGGGACGCCUUUGCCGCCUCCGCAGCCGCCGGGACUACCGGCGCCCCACGAGCGGCCGGUACAUGCAGCUGAAGUUACAAUGGCUCCGUCUCUCCAGCCGUCGAACGUGCCGGUCCUGGCAAGUCGAUCACCACGGGUGCAUCCAGGAGCUCACGAGCUUCUGCACCGCCCGAGUCCUCCAGAGCUUGGACCGCCAGGGGAAAUUAUCAGAACGUCUCCGCGCACACAACCACAUGUGGUGUCGCACAGCAAUGGGAUUGCCUCGAUGGCGCGUAGUCCGCGACUCCUCAGUCAACCGCCAUCUACGAGCAUACACAUUCCCCCACCGAGUGCGGUGGUGCCCAAGCCUCUGGAGGCCAGCACCGGCACUACCGUGCCCAGCAUCGGCGCACUGAUGAACGGUGCCCCAUCUGGCUCACUUCCUUCGAUCACCGCACCUCCAGUGCCGGCCGCUGGACGUGCCGAGGGACCGCGGGAUAUUCCUAGCGAGAAGAUCGGAUUUGGAGGAGAAGAUAUGCGGGCCCUGCGGCAAUUAGACCGCGUGUUCACCGCAUAGUCUGAGAUGCUCAUUCCUUUCAUCU